ACCCAUCCCUCAUAAGGAUGGAGUCGAGACUCAGGAAGGAGAUGAUGGAGAGGGAUUCCAGCAAGGGGACGACCGAGAUCGAGUCCGGCAAAGAGCAGGAGAUGGUGGGCAAACUCAGCAAGGAGCACCAGAGACUCAGCAAGGUUCGGUACCAACUCAACAAGAGGUGCCAGUCCACCAAGGACCCGGCGACGCAAAGGAUACUCUUGACUCAGCAGGAGAUACUCUGGACCAAGGAGCAAGCACUCCUCACGGUGAUGAGGCAGUCGGGGAUGGAGAUUGAGAGGGAUCCCGAUUCCGAUUCCGGCAAUGAGAUUGGCACAGAUUCUCCCCUCAUAAGCAUGGAGUCGGGACUCGACAAGGCGACGGAGAAAGACGCCAGUGGCAAGGAGAUGGGUCAGAUGGCCAAUGGCUUGGUUGUUGCUCUUUCUAGCCACCUUGAGGUGCUUUGGAGGGAGAUCUCAUUCCUCAGGACAGAGGUCACGUCCCGGGGCAAUGGCUCUAGUCAAGAGCACAUCAUCAGGUCUAAUCUGCCCCUCGAUGACAAUCUACUCAAGAACAAGGUGAAUCUGCCAUACCUAGGUUGUGAGCCUGAGGAUGUAAUGGAUUUCCUGCUCAUCGAGACGCAGCAGUUGCUCUACCGCUUCAACUCUUUCGUACCCAUUCUACAAAAAUUCAGAAUCCCCAUAUCUUCGGACAAGAUUGAGAAGCUGCGUCUCAUAUUCAAUGCGCUUGUGGGCAUCUCGGAGCUUAUCAAAAGGCACAAAUCUGCUGCUGCCAAGGGUCAUGGAGAUUGUUUGGACCGUGCCGGCUGGGAUGCUACGUGGGGAUGCUCGACGAGAACACAUGGUGCCUUUGACGACAUAACGACAUUGAGCCCUAUGCAGUUCACGGCUUGCACUCCUGGAAUUUUCCCAUUAUCGUCCGUGGCAGGCCCUGCCUUGCAGAUCUAUUCAAUCAAGCUCGUUAAUCUUAACCGUAAUCUGAGUUGGCCACUUGAUGUCUACGGCGUGGUCGCUGCACGGGACGAUUUUGACCACAACCUCAACAUUCUCUUCCGCCGGUCAAGUGCAAACUGCCAAAGAAUUAAGAAAGAGGACCCUUUCUUGCACUUGAUUGGCCCGUCUCGUGCAAUUGUGGCUGGUGAACCUGUUUUGUUUCAAAUUGACCUGAAAUUGAAGCAUGGAGCACAGUUUGAACAUACAACAUCUUUCAUUGCCAACCAAAGUUACUGCUCCAUCAUGCGGUGUGACACCAUGCAGAUCAGCAACUGCUGUUGUACAGCAAAGAUAAGAAUUGGGCGAGUUGCUGCAGCAAUCGAGGCCACAAUAGUUGGUGUUCGUGUGGUUGAAGGGGAGUGGCCUUUUAAAUAUGGAUGUAACGUUUCUUGCUUGUUUUCUCCUGCUGAUGCAACGGAGGGAUGCGCGGAGGAAGUCGUCUUGCUUGACUGCCGCGCUAAAAGGAUGCGUGCGGGAUCAGAUGGCUAUCUUUCUUUGUCAAGAAAUGUUGUGUCAGUGGCGUUGAAGGGCACACUUCGAGUUGUCACAGGAGCAUACUCAAAGUCCGGACUCAAUAUUGUUCGAAAAUAUCAUGUCGAAUUUCCUAUCCAGCAGUCUCAGACAGAUAGUUGUAGAUGCUCAGUUGACGGCUCCACAUUGGAGAUACUGAUUGCUUGGUCUCGCCUUGUCAUGGACAAGCAUGAUCACGUCGAAGCGGGGUGA